UCUUGGCUCAUCAGUACGCACAGGAAUGGCUUGCCUCGCGAGACGCCUUCUGACCUGCAUCUCCCUCCUCCUCGGGACCCUCUCCGCGCCCGGGUCCACGGCCGUGGCCGUGGCCGGCAUCGGCCAGCUCCGCUCCCGCGGCACGGCGAUCGGCGUGUCCCGGCCGCAGCCGGACGUCAACUUCACCAGCGGCAUCGUCGGCGCCGUCUGGUGCAAGAACUGCCGCUACGCCGGCUACCUCCCGUCCAAGAACGUCGCGCCCCUCCCGAACGCGGCGGCGCUGCUGCGGUGCCGGCGAGGGAGGCAGGCCAUGUCGGCGUGGGGCACGACAGACGCGCGGGGCUACUUCAUGAUCCAGACGGCGGAGCAGGCGGUGCCGUUCGCGAGCAAGGACUGCGUGGUGUACGUGCCGCGCUCGCCGCGCCGGGGCGCGUGCGGCGUGGCCGUCCUGCCCCGCCGGAACCAGGGCUCGCCGCUCAGGUUCCGGGAGUACGUGACGCGCCCCGACGGCCUGCAGGCGCUCUACACCGCCGGCAACUUCGUGUUCGGCCCGCGAGAUCCCGCCAGGUGUGGUCUCCAAUAAGGAACCAGCGGUUUGGCCUCUUGAACCGGAUGAAUAUGACCCCGCCAAGUCUCUGUUCAUUCGGGUGGUAUAGACGAAUGUUUCUCGUCAAGUUUCCGGGUAACAUUUUGCGGGUUUGCAGUGAUGUGUACUACAUUUCUGAUUU